AUGCCAUCGUCACGUUCAGACCUAGGGACAAGCAGAAAGUACUGCAAUAACAAAAUUCGCAUUACCGAACAGCAAGCCCCGGAGUCAUGGAGUCAACCAGAAGGCUCUUCGUCAGCUGCAAUACCAGGCCAAUACAAGGCUACACCAAUUUGUUGGUCUUCUUCCCAACCAUCUAUAGGACAUCAAAGCAUUUUCAGGAAGGCCAAGCCGCAGCCAGUCAGUCUUCUCGUCCUACCAUUUGCUGAUGAAAGCUUCUAUUUCAAGGAACACUUGCACAGCACUGUGGGUCGCAUAAUCGAGAAGGAUGCUUGA